AUGAUGCCGUGGGGUAUCGAUAUGGAGGAACUGCAAUACUUUGGCACAAGUCCAAUCGAUACCCUCUUUGAUCCAGUUCCUAUGCAAAAUUCUAGUUCAAUCUGGCCGGAAUUCUUGACAUUAGCUCCCGAAAGCCCGGCAACUUUUGAAAUGGCUGCUUCUAGUGAUAGCCCCCGGAAAUCGCUGCACUUUCUGGACAAAUUUACUAGGAAUACAGGUCUAGUGUCGAGCUUUGACUGUGGAACGCAUGAGCAAAGAGAACAGGUUGCUGCCAGAUUAGACCAGCAAAUAUUGUCUCGCCUACAGCAGAGAACGUCACUAACAGCUUUUGGCAUGGAUGUCCCAUCUCCUUUGAUACCGGAAAAUAACAGUGAUACAAGUUUAAUCAGCGACUUGCCACUAAAUUGGUUCAAUGAUCCACUUUCCUUGAAGACACACGAGAUUCUUCUCUUAAUUAAAGAAGUGGUCACGAUCAAACCGCGCAAUAGCUCUGUCACCUUGGACUGGUCAACAGCACUCAAUGAUGCAUGUGUGCAGUUCUUCUCUCCUUCAAAUAUAAUAAGAUUCAUGGGCUUCUACUGGGCAAUAUGGCAUCCUAAUGUGAACUUUGUGCACCGGCCUUCGUUCGACAUACUGGCAGCGAAGCCAACAGUCCUAGCUGCGAUGACUUUGAUAGGUGCAUGUGUAUCACCCGAUAUGCCUGACAACGAAGAUGCACGCACCUGGUUUAACUGUGUGGAAGAAAUGGUUUUCAUGGACGACGAUUUCAACAGUGAUUUGACUUACCGAUCCUCUGACAAAAUGGCCACACAAAGGCGCAAAAUUCAGGCCGUACAGGCUGCCUAUAUAGUCUGUCUCUAUCAGAAUUGGGAGGGUACGGAUGCGAGUAAGAGCCGCGUUCGGCGGUACCGUUUUGCUACUCUGGUAUCUACCGCUCGUGAUAUUGGCAUUACAGCGGCGAGGCAUAUGAAUUACAGCGAGCAGGCUCGCCAUGAGUUCGAAUGGAAAGAAUAUGCAGCUCGGGAGGAACUCAUCCGUUUGUUCACUUGGAUAUUCUUACUAGAUUCAGCAUUUGUCAUUUUUAAUAACCUUCCUCCGCGGAUGGUCAUCAAAGAAAUAAGGAUGCAUAUGGCUACACCAGAAGCUUGCUUCCAAGCGACAACGGCAGACCAAUGCCACCAUCAACUCCAGCUCAUUUUGCCCGCAAGAAGUCUCUACUGGACAACCUCGUUCCAUGGGUCAUUCGAGGCGCUAUGUAAUGACGAUUUAUCUGUCAACAUCCGUCACCUCCUCGCUACUCUGGGUCCAUUGAAUUUAUUCGCAUUAACAUCAGCAAUCCAUUCACAAUUAUUUCAAUUCCGCAGUGCAGUGGGCAGCUUCCAACUCCGAGCCCCGAUACAAAAUGCACUCAGUAACUGGCGAGAUAUCUGGCACUUGUUCUCGACGACUUUCUCUCAAAGAAUAAUUCCAUAUAUGACAAUUGGGGACCCUCAAAUCCAACCAGAGGAGCUCUGGAGACGAAUGGGGUUCUUCCGCUAUGCGCCAGAGUACUGGCUUUUAGCCCACCUGAUGGUAGAUCGAUUGGCAGUACUUGGCACAUCUAAGCCGGAGAAUGAAUUGGAGCCACUCGACGAGGGUCCGUUGGACCCAAUCUUGAAUCGAUAUGAUCAGACUAGUAUGCGCCAGGUUAAUGAUCUGAUUAUGGGCUUUCAGACUUUCCAGAUUUGA